AUGCAUUGUUCAGCAAUGUCAAAAGUUGGUUCAGCUGCUUCUAAAGUGGCGAGCAGCGUGGCUUUGCCUGGCAGUGGAAAAAAGGGAGGAGGUUUCUCAGAGGAGGAAGCAUUGAAACACGUGAAGGUCAUAACUGAGAUAACCUCUCACCCUCCUUCUCAGGAUCACACUACUCCUGUCCUUCAGUAUAUCUUGGAUGAAAGUGAGAGGAUAAAGGAAAAUGCCAACGGGGACGUCGAAGUUGAAGUGGAACGCCUCUCUUCUGAGGAUGGUGACUCGGUGGCAGUGAAAGUGUCGCCUAAAAAUCUAUCUCCUCAAGACAAUCAUAUUCUCGUCUCUGCUCAUGUUGAUACUGUUUUUAGUCAAGAAGGAGCUGGAGAUGAUACUUCAAGUGUGGCUGUUAUGCUGGAACUUGCCCGAGCAAUCUCUCAACCAUCUGUUAGCGUCCAUAAAUCUGUUGUAUUCGUGUUCAAUGGGGGAGACAUGGACGCUCCUAAUGCUUCUCACACCUUCCUACCCGAGAAGUAUAGUCAAACCACUCGCUUGGCUAUUGAUCUGGACAGCAUUGGCACCACCGCUGGCGCAUCCAAGCAUCCUGUUGUACUUAUGUCCAAGAUUGGUGAGGAAGGAAUUGGCGGAGCCCAGAAACUCUUUCUUGAUUUGGAGGUCUUUUCGUCUUGUUUAGGAGGGAAGCUUGGUGGGACAGAGGAUCUGUUUUCUUUGGGAGCUGUAAAAUCUGCAGCAGACUUCGAUGUCUUUAAAGCGGCUGGUGGUGUUUCUGACAUUGAUUUCCAGGAUCUAGGUGGAGCAGGAGCUGGAUACCAUACAAUGGCAAAGAAUAUAAAUCAUGGUUAG